CAGACUUAAAAAAAAACAAUUUUUAAAAUUAAAGUAAAUUUUUCAUCAAUUUUUAUGGAACAACAACUUCAGAAUAAAACAUGGGACUUGUCCCUUUAUGAACUUAAUCGAAAACCGCAAGAAAUCAUUACAGACAAUACAGAAAUAGCAGUCAGUCCUCGGUCAUUGCACUCUGAAUUGAUGUGUCCAAUAUGUCUUGAUAUGCUAAAGAAAACAAUGACAACAAAAGAAUGUUUGCAUAGAUUUUGCAGCGAUUGUAUUAUUACGGCUUUGAGGUCAGGAAAUAAGGAGUGUCCCACUUGCAGGAAAAAGCUAGUGUCAAAGAGAUCUUUAAGACCAGAUCCGAAUUUUGAUUGUUUGAUUUUGAAAAUCUAUCCAAGCCGCGAUGAAUAUGAAGCACAUCAAGAACGAGUUCUCGCAAAAUUCAACAAAAGCCAUUCCCAGCAAGCACUUGUGAAUUCUAUUACAGAAGGAAUUAAACUUCAGACCCAAAGUCGUCAACAACAGCGUCCUAAAAAGGCACCCGAAAGUGAAGCACCACAAAGUGAAGAACCGACAGUAACAGUCGCAAACAGUCAAGGUGAACCAUCAAAUCCACCAUCAGCACGAAGCACUCCAUCACCAGUUCCAUCACAUUCCAGUUCAACAAGCAAGGCGGCAACAAAACGAGCUCAGUCAGUAAUGACAACGUCUGAAAAGUCCGAAAAGUCUGAAGAUUCAGAGAGCAACAGUGAAAUGACAGAAAUGGAAUCAAAUGCAGAUACUGAAAAUGGAACUGAAGAUGGAAAUGAUGAGAUUGAGCUUGUUUUCAAACCACAUCCAACCGAAAUGAACAGUGAGAAUGUCUUGAUGAAAGCAUUAAAAGAUAAUACAGUUCGGUACUUAAAGACAACGGCAAAUGCAACACUAGAGCAUUUGAUUAAAUAUUUGGCAAUGCGAUUGACACUUGAUGCACAAUUGUCUGAGCCAGUUUUAAAAAAUUCAAUUUUUACAAUUUAUGUCGCAAAUAAUUCAUCACAGUUGGUCGCUCUUAGUGGAAGUCAAACAUUGCAACAGGUUAAUGAAAAGUUUUGGAAAGUCAAUAAGCCGCUCGAGAUGUUCUAUGCAUGCAAACCUUAAACAUAUUUAAAAAUAAAUUGCUUGAAUGUUUUAAUUAUUUAUUAAAGAUAUUUAAAAAUUAUAUCAAAAUCUCUGUAAUAAUCAUGGUCAAAAUAUUAAAAAUAAAGGAACUUUAAACAGGUUUUAAACUUUCAAAAAUAAAGAUUUUUAAAAAAAGGUUAAACUGCUCAAAUGUAGUGCUCAUGUGUUCUAAGUUCGGGAUAGUUUAUGUAAUAAAAGAAUUCGGGCUUUACCUCUAAACUAGGUUUAUUUAAAAAUAUUAAUAAAAACAUCUCAAU